UAUUCUAUUACAAAACAGCCAGUAACUCUGACCUUGUCAAUGAUUGUACAUAAUUCCUUCAAAUAACUUUUUUUCUUAAUUCUCUUUUUCGCCUUUUUUUAUUUUUUUCUCCUUUGCUUACAAUGAUUUUGCUCAGUGUUUACUUUAAUGCUUUCAUCAACGUGUAUACACAUGGUCAAGCCGAUACUCGAUGGGAUAUAUAUUAGUUAUUUGUUUGUUUGUGUAUUAAUCGCUACAUGUUCUAGCGUCAUGUCCAUUAUGUUGAUUUUGUUAGUUGGUGCUAGCCCCUUUGGUAGCACUCCCUCACUAGCACCCCUUUAGCACAAAAUAAAUAAAUAACCUGGUCGUGUUUUAAACAAUUAACAAUGGUCUAUGAAAGUCGCGAGGGCAAGGUUUUAUAAUUCUUUGAAUGUUCUUUGCUUACUACCAAAAUGUACGAGAAAAUAGAAUGAAAAGAUGUCCCAUCUUCCCCCAUCCUACUAUAUAAGCUAUUUUUGCUUAGCUAUAAACUGUCUUGUCCAAAUUGUGUGGGGGCCCAAGCGAGAGGAUGUAGAAGCAAUUGCACCAAACAAUUCCUUUAUAUCUUAUGAUGGUUUUAAAUCCUCUGAAAGUCAAAUAUUUAUUUUAUUUGAAUAAAAAUGAUCAUGCAUAAUUGCAUAUGAUUUCUUUAACUGGUGGCUGAAACAAUUCUUCAACUGGAGGCUGAAACAGCCCAACUCUGAAGAAAACUUUGUUUGGCAACAAAAACUAUAGAAGGUAUACUGGUAUGUGCCAAAUGUGUCAGCCGUUAUGGCAAAAACGAAAGUACAAUAAUAUACGUAUUAAGUAAUGUGAUUACCUCACUUGAAAACACAUGGAGAGCUAAUAAAAGAGAAGUGUCUUAGCACCACUGUGGAAGCACAUACAUGAUUUAUUUUACUAUUUUAAAAUUCAAUUCAAAAUAUGCGGAGGCCUAUCAUUUUCUCCAGUGUUAUUUACACUUAUUCUUUAUACUGUGCAAUGAUAAAUGCACCCAUGCAUUGCUUUUUUAACUGUGUAACUCAUUAUUAGAAAAUCAGUUUUUUGUUGUUUAAUGUGCAAUUAAGUUUACCCUAUAAUGAACAACAAUGUAAGGUCUGCAGAACCAUGGAACGAACUAUUGGAAAUACUGAGUUACGCCACACAACCAAUUGAAUCUGCUUUACUAUGGUUCAAAGAGACGCAAUAUUCUUUAAUAUAUCAACCAAAUCCUGGCUUACAACAACUUCUAUACUAUCUCAGUAUGCCUCUACCUUUUGUAGACACAUUAACCAAUGCUGUGGUGAUGAAGCCUAGAUUUGUACAUUUGCCACAUGGUGUACAAAUGAAACUAUUUGCCUGGUUAAUACAUUUAACACAUGCCAGUAAUCGGGAAAUUAAAAAUCUGCAACCUUUGCUGGUUGCUUGCCAGUCCCAUUAUGAAGCAUAUCAUAGUGAGGCUCUUCAAUUCUAUGCAAAACUUUUACAAAAAUAUACAACCAAAAACCUCAUCGCUGAACCUUUAAAGAUCUGUGAAAUUAAACAAGAAUUCUGUCACACUAGUAUGGAAACUAACAAUAUUGAAUUAGGAGAUGUUAAAAAAGAAGAAGCUAUAAUGGAGGUACCACCUUCAUGUAAUCAACCUACCAAUGCAAGUUAUGGAGAUCUUUUAGAAAAAUUAAAGAAACAUUUUGAAGAAGGAAAUUGUCAAGAUGUUAUUGAGCUUAUCCAAGUCAACCAUUCAUAUCUUUUAGAUACUGUUAUAAAUAUAUCUAUCCAAACUGAUAUUUCAAGUACAGUGUACACUGUGUGGGAUCAAUUGCUUCAAGAUCAUAGACCUGUCAAAGAAGAAAAUAAAGAUCCAUCACUGUCAGCUCUUCUAAGCUGUGUUGUUCUGCCGUACUUUAAACAAAUUGAGAAGCCGGUCUCGAGACAGUUAUUGGGUAUUGCUUUAGAAAUGACGGACAGUAACUGCAUGAUGUUUUUUGACCGAGUGGUAAUUCCACUUACAAAACAAGCAGCUAUGUUUAACAAGGCACAAGUCCUACUGCUUACUAAUAUGGUGAAAAGAUGCAGAGAAAACAGGCUCACCUUACUAACAAGUGUGUUGGAAAACAACUGGGAAAAAAUGGACAACCCAGAAGGAAUUCUACCAUUUAUGCAGCUGCUAAUCACUGCUCAAGUUGAAGCAACUCCUGAAACUUUGGUUCAAUUUGUUUCAUUUCUUGAAGAAUGUGUUUUUAAAGUUCCCAAUUCAUUCACAUUGUCAAAGCUUAUUCAAUCGUUUAUAAAAACCUUUGGCAAAAAACUAUCGGCAACCUGUUUGCAACAACUGCAAGAAAUAAUUAAUCAGAAUUCAUCACGUUUACAAAAAAUGUGUCAAUUGGUACUUAAUCAGUUACUGUAAGUUUUUAGUAUUUAUUUAUCGUUAUUAAACAUUAAAAUGUAUUUCACCGUUAUUUAAAGUGUUUCUCUGCAUAUUUUAUUAUGCUUUUAUAUUACUUAAUCUAAAAAAAAACAGCACUAAAGGACUACAGAAUGCAACAAA